GUCCACGGUGGCGAUCUUAUUUGGAAUCAGAUUUGCACUUUUUCACACUUUAUCCCUUUUCUACAAUUUAUUUAUUUUCACCGUCGGCCCCUCAUUUUUCCAAGAAUCUCCGAAAUAUCUUCUCGCUUUUCCGAUCUUUUCUCUUCCGAUCCAUACCCGGUAAACCAGGGAAUCUGAUUUUGCCGUUUGAUUGAAUACAGAGUAUUGGAAUAAAAACUGAAAAUUUUGAUCAGUGAUUAAGCUUCAGUUGCCAUGGGGGAGGAAGUGAAAAUUGGUUACUAUGGCGGCGCCGGUGCCGGUGCCGGCGCCGGAGAUGAGGAUAGGUUGAUGGAGUGGGAGGAAGGUCUUCCGAGCAUAGAUGAUCUGACUCCGUUGUCGCAGGCGCUGAUCCCGCCGGAGUUGGCAACGGCGUUUCGGAUUUGUCCGGAACCGACUAGGACUAUGCUUGACGUUAAUCGUGCAUCGCAGUCGACGUUUUCUUCGCUGCGGGGAGGGCAAUCUCAGACGCUUUCGUCUUCAAAUAAUUUUAAUUUUAAGCCGUUUAAUGAGGAGAGGAACAGAGAGCAGAUGGUUGUGGAGGACGAUGUGGAUCCGACCCGGGAGGGGUCCGAUUCUAGGAAGAUGCGGAGGAUCGAGUCCUGUGGAGGCGCGGAGGAGGCUGACUCGGCUGUUCGGAAUGAGAAUUGCGGGGACGAUCCGUCGGCGAAGACUCUGAAGAGGCCGAGGCUGGUCUGGACGCCGCAGCUGCACAAGCGGUUCGUGGACGUGGUGGCGCAUCUGGGGAUCAAAAACGCGGUGCCAAAGACGAUUAUGCAGCUCAUGAACGUGGAGGGGCUCACCCGGGAGAACGUCGCUAGUCAUUUGCAGAAGUAUAGGCUCUAUUUGAAGAGGAUGCAAGGGUUAUCGAACGAGGGACCUUCGUCCUCUGAUCAUUUGUUCGCUUCCACACCUGUGCCUCAGAGCUUACACGAAUCCGGAGGUAGCGGUUAUGGCCACGGAAAUGGCCACGGAAACGGCCACUCUCACGGAAAUGGACACAGUCACAACAGUAAUGGCUACAUGGCUAUGCCAUACCCGCCGCAAAUGAUGCCUAUGCCAAUGAUUGGCAUGGCUGCUCAUGGCGGAUUACCAGUGGGGAAUCCAAAUGGCGGACCAUCUAAUGGCUUUCACCAUCAGUAUGGUCUGAUGCAGCAGAGGGACUGGUCGGGGAACAGAUAUGGCGCAUAUAAUCACGUUGCUCCCACUGAUAAGUAAAUGCUGCAGCUUGGCAUAAAAAUGGAUAGAGAAACCGAGUAGCAUGCCAAACUGAAGCAUAUGUAGCUUGAUUUGUAGAGUGGAGCUGAGAGCAUGUUGGUUGGGGUUGGCGAAGCAAGGAAGGAAGAAGCUGAAUUUGAGAAACAUUUUCUUCAUUUUGAUGAAAUCUGAACUAAGCAGGCCGCCCAGUUUCAGUCUACUCUGCAGACAGAUGGGUUCUCAAUAAAUCUCUUAUACCUCAUCCUGUUCUUCCAGUCAUGAAUUGCAUGUUUUGUGUUA